CGUCUUCUCUCUCUGUCCGAUCAUCUCACCUUCUCUUUCUUUGUCUGAGCAUCAUCAUCAUUGUCCUCAUCAUCAGAAGACACCAUGGCAACCGUGGAUGGUUUUCCUGCCAGUUUCUAUGGUGAGCCGGGGGUGUUGGGCAUGUUAUCCAAUGGGAUCAGUGCGUUCCUGGUUCUACUGCAGAACUUUAACACCGCUAGAACCGGAGUACCGGCGCAGGGGGUGGAAAACAUUCUGGCAGGUGUUCACCUGAUUCUGAUAGGUGGUGUGUGUCAGCUGAUCGCCGGCCUCCUGUCGUUCCGCAAAUACGACCACCUAAGCAGCACUGCCUUCAUCGGCUACGCAGCACUCUGGGGGAGCUAUGGCGCCACACGCAUCUUCCAGGGUGCCUCACAACCAAUCACAAACAACUUGACCCUGUCACAUGACCUGAUGAGCAACAUGACAAUGCACACUUCCCUCAUAACCAACCUAUCCCUGUCAGCGGAACUCAUCAACGGCACCUCACGGAGCCCUGAUUGGCUGUUCUUCCUGCACAUUCCCCAGACUGCCAUCGCGGGAUUGGUCCCGUACAUCCUCCUCUCCUUCCUAUUGGCCUUCUGCUCGGCCACGGUAAACGUCAUCAUGCCCUUUGUGUUCGGCGCCAUCACUCUGACGCUGCUGUUUGAGGCCGUGGUAUUGGGAGUGUCCUCCGCCUGGCCGCUAAUCGUCUCCGGUAUUCUAGAACUCCUCAUCCUUCUUUUCGCCAUGUACGGCAGCGCAGCCCUGCUGGUGAAAGGCCUGGCACAGCGCUACGUCUUGAAGGGAUUUGGCAACCCCCUGUUUAAUGUGCUCCUACUGGGAACCAAUCAAACUCCCAAGGCCAGCGCUCAGAGCCUGGGACAGGAGAAGAAGAAGAACACAAAGUACGCUGAACCCCAAGCGCUCUGCUUUUUUUGUGACACCGUGUCUCCAUUCAUCCUGUUGUUCUACAGCUUCAGCUACGUCACGUCCUUUUCCCUGGGGGCCGUGUGGGUGUCCAUAAUCUCUGCUGCUCAGCUCCUCUCCAGCUACUACGCUCACCUGCGGCAUGAUGGCUACCUGGCCAUCAAGGCUGGGCUACAUGCCACCUACUGGCUGACCAAGGCGUGGGAGGAGUUUGUGUUGUCACCCCUGAUCAUGUCGGAGCCGAAGGUAGAGGUGGCUGCUGGGAGACAGGCAAUGGUUGGUGAUUGGUUCUUUGUGACGGCAGCGCUGCUCCUUUUAGUGGUUAGUCUCAGUAAUGACGCCCUGGAGGUGGCCCACAAUGCAUUGUUCCUGCUGCUGUCCGUGUCCACGGUCCCCCAGAUCCCCCUCCAGGGGUACUACAUGUUCUUCGGGGUGUCCUGCUCCCUGUUUGCCGCCGCCUCUCUUUACGGGACGUUCUGCCGCCUCAUCAACUCCAUUGCUGAGAAGAUUCUGAUCCCAGUGGGUCCUCAGCUCGUCUCUUCUGACCGCCUCCGCUCCGUCCUGUACUGCUGCUCUUCCCCGGCGCUGUCAUUAUCACCACCGACAAUUCAGAUCACUGACACUCUAUUCUACCUGACCAACGGGGUGGCAGCUCUCUCGGCACUCCACUCUGCUUCGUCCAGUCAGAGUGGGGUGUUCCUGCGGCUGAGCGUUCCGUGGGUGCUGGUGUCAGGAGCGUUGGUACAGGGGUUGGUCAGCAGACUGCAGGUCAGGGGAGGACAGAGAUUUGGGUCUGUCAUCCCAUCCUUCUACAUGGUUGUCUGGGCUACAUGGACAUGGUACCGCUUCGCAGGCCUCAUGCUACAGAUCUCUCCAGCAGGGUCCUUAGGGUUCACAGCUGGAACCAUCGCUUUCCUGGUCAUCAACGCUUUCCUCAUGCUCAUCGCUGCAUAUGGGAACCUGGUCCUCUUGUCUCUGACCACAGUCAUGGAGGUGGUCCUGGUCUGUUUCCUCCUGUCCACCCUCCAACAGCUCCCCUACCAGUUGGAGAUUGCUAUGCUAGCUGUGUUCUCUAUCAUCUGUGUGUAUGGAGCCCUGGCAUCGCUGGUCAACUCUACCUUCUCUCAGAGUCUGCUGCCCCUCGGCCCGCCAUUGUUCAAGGAUGUGAAGCAGCGGAAAGCGUUGUCGCCUGACUCGCCCUGUCCCGUAGCAGACUCCAGGCUGACUAGUGGACUCCUGAAAAUCAACAGACUGCUAGACAACGGGGGGGUCUGUGGAAUCCCCACCGACACUGUCUACGCCCUGGCUGCCUCCUGCAAGAACCCUCACGCCAUCGAGAGCAUCUACAACAUCAAGGACCGCCCAGCAGAGAAGCCGAUCUGUAUCUGUAUUUCCAGUGUGGAGCAGCUGGUGGCUGCCAAGCCCCCCUUCAGUCCUCUACUCUGGGAGUUCAUGAGGAACGUCUACCCUGGAGGAAUCAGCUGCAUCGUCUGCAAGGGAGAUUGGCUACUCAGACUGGGUGUGGGUCCAGCCUACGACCGCGUGGGGACCAAGGACAGCAUUAUGAUCCGAGUCCCUGACCACACCGUCACCGGACACCUGUGUGACAUCACCGGCCCACUCGCCAUCACCUCAGCCAAUCCCAGCGGAGAACCUGACAGCACGCACCACGACAUGGUCAUCAGUCGUCUGGGCCAUAAGAUCCAGGGUGUUUUGUGUGACGGGGAUUCCAACGAGGUCGUAGCCUCCACAGUGGUCAACUGCCUCAAGAUAGAUGAAGGUACAAUUAGCAUCGUGAGGGAGGGCUGUGUCCCGGCUAUCAAGGUUCGACAGAUCUUUGAGAGGGUGAAGAGCAGUAUGCUAUGAAGAGGACCUUCCCACUCUAUCCUCUCCUACAUUCUCGCUUCCAUCCACCUCUCCUUCCCCCAUUCCCUCCUUCCCCCAUUCCCUCCAUCCUAUGUUGACCAAUGAUGAUGCUCAGAUCAGAUACUGGACCCACACAUCUCAGGCCAAUGAAGAGUGCUCUCUUGAAGAUAACUGAAGAUUAAAUGUGAAGAGUGUAAAAAUGUGGCAUAAUUGUUGUAAUGUUGGGCUAACUGAAUGCUAAUCAAUUCGUUGUGAUGAGAAGACUGUAGUGAAAGCCAAAUGCAAUCUUUGCUGACCUUAUUGUUAUAAUAAAUGUUUUCAUCGGGGAAAUUACCUAUUUAUUCAGUAUAUUUGUUGUAGUUUUAGAGGUACGAUACAGAUGUUGUGAAUUCUAGAUUGAUGUUAGAUUUUUGUUCUGUAAUAACGUGCUACCAGAAAACUCUAGGUUAGAAACACCAUAAUAUCUUGACGUUGAAUUAAGUCUAAAAUUAGCAUUUAUUAAGGACUAUGUACUGUGGAUGAAUGUGUGAUGCUUCUGGGGAGAAAUGAAGGAUGAUUUAUUGUAAUGGUGUGGUAAGAUUUAUAUGGGAGAUUUACACACGCCAAACAGCACACAUGCAACAUUUACAUUUCUAUCAUUUGUCCUGACAAUGUGUUGCAAUGGUUAUAUGUGUAUAUGUAUGUUAUUGUUUAAAUCUAUUUCACAUUAAAACUCAACUAAACUAA